CAUUAUUUUGAUUAAAAUUGAAUCAAAUUGAGAAAAAUAAAAAUAAAAUGAAUUUGAUACAUAUAAAUCCUCUGAUGUUACAUCCUUCCCAAAUCGUGAAGAUGGGAGACAAAGCAGAAUUGUCUGCAACAAUAAAGUGGCCGAAGAUCAAAGCCAAACCCAACCUCAGUAUCUCGUAUCUCAAGAAUCUUGAUCUCUUCACGGUGGAGAAUUGUCUCACUAGUGAUGAAUCAAAGGGCUUUGUUAAAAUCGCAGAGUCUCUAGGUUUCACUCACCAAGGAAGCCGUGGCCCUGCUUAUGGUGAAGCGUUUAGAGAUAACCAUCGGAUAUCUGUGAACGAUCCUGUCCUUGCCGAUACGUUAUGGCGAUCCGGACUUUCUAAUUUGUUUACUGAUAUCAAGAUUAGGAGAAAAGUCGCUGUUGGCUUGAAUCCAAACAUUCGUUUUUACAGGUAUAGUGCUGGUCAGCAUUUUGGUCGUCACAUUGAUGAAAGUGUUGAUCUUGAAGAUGGGAAGCGGACCUAUUACACAUUGUUGAUAUAUCUAAGCGGCAGCAACAACGCAAAAUCAAAAUCCAAGAGCAGUUCUUCAAGCAAGACAAAUGAUUCUUCUUCGGCCGAGCCUUUAGUUGGUGGAGAAACUGUCUUUUAUGGUUCAAGGAACAGUAUCGUAGCUGAGGUAGCUCCAAUGGAAGGUAUGGCUCUCUUUCAUAUCCAUGGAGACAAGUGUAUGUUGCACGAAGGAAGAAAUGUCUCCAAGGGAGUCAAGUAUGUGUUCCGUUCUGAUGUUGUUUUUGCAUAAAUAAACAUUAUUCAAAUUCUCUGUACGUUUUGUGUUUCUUAAACUGAUUACUUUCAUUCAACAUUUUGAACCAUCGA